AUGGCGGCUUCCACCACCAGCCAGGUCUACAUCGAUGUAAUUGAGGAUGUCAUGGUCAAGGUCCGUGAUGAGUUUGUCAACAACGGUGGUCCUGGGGAGGAAGUUCUCAAGGAGCUUCAAGCUAUGUGGGAAUCAAAGAUGAUGCAAGCUGGUGCUGUGCUAGGUCCCAUAGAAAGGUCCUCUGCCGCUAAGCCAACUCCCGGUGGUCCUAUUACUCCGGUUCAUGAUCUUAACAUGCCGUAUGAGGGGACCGAGGAGUAUGAGACUCCUACUGCUGAAAUGCUUUUCCCCCCUACGCCGUUGCAAACUCCAAUUCAAACUCCUUUGCCUGGAACUGGGGAUAACUCAACUUAUAACAUUCCUACUGGACCAGGUGACUACCCCUCUUCCGGAAAUGAUACAGCAGGAAAUGCUGAUGGAAAAGCAAGAAGACCUGCUCCAUACAUGCAACCUCCUUCUCCUUGGAUGAACUCAAGGCCCUCACUUGAUGUCAAUGUUGCUUAUGUGGAAGGGCGUGAUGAGGCAGACAGAGGAACUUCUAAUCAACCUCUGACACAGGACUUCUUCACGGUGUCAUCAGGAAAGCGUAAACGCAAUGAUUUGACUUCUCAGUAUAAUACUGGUGGAUAUAUACCUCAACAAGAUGGAGCUGCAGAUGCUGCACUUGGAGUUUUUGAAAUUGAGGUAAAUGGAGGGGACAUCUCUAUUAAUUCACAUCCCACUAUUUCCGGAAAAUUGCAAGCAGAUAUGGAGAGGUCGACUUCUAGAAUUCCUCAACUUGAUGGACCAAUUCCAUUCGAUGAUGAUGUGCUUUCUACUCCAAAUAUAUACAACUAUGGGGAAGUGUUCAGUGAAGACUACAACAUUUCUAAUACACCAGCUCCUCCUGAAGUGCCAGCUAGCACCCCUGCUCUCGUAGCGCAGAAUGAGGUGGGAAACGAAGAAGAUGAUGACGACGAACCUCCGUUAAAUGAAGAAGAUGAUGAUGAUUUGGAUGACAUGGAACAAGGAGAGGAUCAAAAUACACAUCAUCUUGUUUUGGCCCAGUUUGAUAAGGUUACACGUACCAAGAGCAGGUGGAAAUGCACAUUAAAGGAUGGCAUCAUGCACAUAAAUAAUAAGGACAUUCUCUUCAACAAGGCGACGGGAGAGUUUGACUUUUGA